AUGCAAUAAAUGUUCAAAUAACAAUAAGCUUAAUAAUUUUUAGCACAAUAAUUUUCUAGCAAACCUGAUAAGAUCAAGCUUUCAAAUUUGAUUCCUACACAGAUCAAUGAGAACUUUUUUAACAAAAAAACUAAUGAAGUUAUGGACAAGAAACCUUCAUCGCCAAGAUCCAGCAAUUAAGCAACUAAACCAUCUUAAAAACCAUCUCAACAAAUUGCCAUUCAUAAAUCCAAUAUGUCCUUGCAAAAUAAAAGUCUGAUUGUAAAUGAGUAAUUCCAAGAAAAAUUGAAUUAAUUUAGCAAGAGGAGAGAUCAUUCCCCUAAUUCCCAAUAAAGCAACUAUAAAAAAAAUGAAGAAUUCCUCCAAAGAAGACCUUCUUCUCUUGUGAAUGAAGAAUAUUCAGCAACUCCUUAAAUUAACAGAUUUAUAGCUAAAUCACCAACACCAUCUGAAAUAUAAGAAAGCGUCGCAUCUCUACUUUAAAAUCAUUAAAGUAAUUAAUCCUUAUGUAAAUUUCAAGCCAUUUCAUCACCAAAAGGUUCAAAUUCUUAAAAACCAAAGACAAAUCCAUUGUAACUAGGUCCUUACUUGUCUAUCCAGUAAUAACAAUAGAAAUCAAGCCACAAAGGGAAAGGCCAUAGUUCAGCCAAUUCAGUCUCCUAUAAUUUGAAACCAAAUAUUCUAAAGAAAUGCGAUUACGGCAUGAAUCACACUCCGACAAAGGUUACAACUACAACACUAAAUACAGAACAUAGUAAGAGUAAAUCAGUUUUGGAUGAACAAUGCAUCAGAAUGAUAUAUUAUGAUAGAGAGAAAGAGAAUGAUGUGAAUUUAUUGAAUAUAGGUACUCCAAGUACUUAUUUGCAUUCUAAAGUAUCGAUUGAAUAAUAAAGUGUUGGUGAAAGUUUGAAUAGUAAAUUCCAUCAUGCCAAAAUUUUAAGUUAAUAAUCACCAUAUUAGAAUACUAGUGGAUCAAAUGAUCAUCUACAGGAAUCGUUUCCAGUCAGAACAUGCAUUAAUCAUAGAACUAAAAAGGCUAAGUACUUUGUGGAUGAACAUUAAAAACAGACUUUCUAUUGUUCAUAAUGUGCUAUUACAGUUGCUAGUUAAGGUAAAAUUGUACAGGAUUUAAGUCAAUUGAUUAUCAAAUCUUAGGAAUCUUAAAUCCUCUCAUUUUAAUCAAGCUCAGUUGAUUCCAAUAGACAUUCAAACUUUUCAGAUGCUAAUUUUAAGGAAAGAGAAUUAAGUGGUUUCUUAACCAAAUUGGAAUGUACCCAUUCUCAAAGAGCUGAUAUUUUAAAUUAGAUGCAGAGUCAAAUUGAAAAAAUUAAUUAAUGGUAUGAAUCUCAAAUUGGACAAUGUCAAAAGUCAAAACAAGUGAUGUAAUAAUUAAUGAACGAUGCAUGCAACAACAGUAUCCAAAUACUUUAAAAUCAAAGAUAAGAAUCUUUAAAAUAGUUGUCUAACCUAUACUUUGUUCUACAAUAGCACCAAUUGGAUGCCUAGAAUAUCAAAUAGGAUAUUGAAAAGAACUGGACUGAAGUAUUAGAAGAUAUAAGAAUGGAUCCUUUCAGGAAAAUCAUGGAUUAUUAUUAGUCUGAAUUUGUUAAAAUGAAUGAUUUCCAAACCUAAUUACUAUCAUCAACUAUUUCUGUUAAGUCUUUAUCCAAAACUGACAUUCAAUCCACUUUAGCUUUGAUUAUUUAGAACUUUUAAUUGAGUGAAUCAGAAUAACAACUAAUUUUACAUAGCAAUUCAAUAUUCAAUCAAUAAAUUAGAACCCAACCCACUCCUCCAAAAAAAAGAAUUGAUACUGUUGAUUCCUAAAUCCAUUAAUCAAAUUAAUAAUAGAGAGUUAAAACUGAUUACAGUGGAUCCAAAACUUAACCAUAGAAUAGCGAAACUCCAUCUAAUUUUUACUAAUAUUUUAAUGAUGCAAAUAUUUAUUAGCUAAGUGCAUCCAAAUUGUAAUCAUAACAAUCACAAUAAAAUCCAAAUAAAAAUAAUCUUUAUAUUUCAUUUGAAAACAAAGACAUUUUUAUGAAUAUUUUAGAAUCUGAAAAGAAUUCAAAACAAAGCCUUCACGAAGACAAACAAUCUGUUACAUCCAAUCCAAUUAUGAUUUUAGAAAGUUAUAGAGAAUCCAAGAAAAAUAUAUCUGAAGAUGAUGGAUAAUUAAGUGAACAUGAAUCACACAAAUCUACUCCCCAUAGUCCUGCAAGUGGAUAAACCAAAUAAUCAGUCUAAAGAACAGCCACUAAAUUAGAAGAGCAUACUUAAAUACCAAAAGAUGCCUUUUAAAAAUAAAAAAGCACUUUCAGAACUCUUUUUGAUAACACUGAAGAUUAAUAAAAUAGCGAAGUCUUUUAAAAUGAUUCAAGCGUAAGUCCUGCUAAAAGUGAGAAAUUCAGAUCCAUUUUAAACAAAAUCUCGAAUAAUCAAUCCAAAACAUAAUAGUAACUAAUCAUAUUUAUUCUUUAUUAGAUUUUACCAACAAAUGAUUUAAUCAAGUCAGAAAUUUAUAUUAGAAACACCUGA